GAGAGGCUUCGAAGAUGGCGGCCCGCAGGGGUCCGCAGAGCACGUGUUCUGCUGGGGAGCCCAUGGAAACCGAAUCCCGCGACACAGAUUCCGAGGGCCCAGCCCAGGUCUACCUACCCGGCCGGGGGCCGCCACUGCGCGAAGGGGAGGAGCUGGUUAUGGACGAGGAGGCCUAUGUGCUCUACCACCGUGCGCAGACUGGCGCCCCCUGUCUUAGCUUCGAUAUAGUCCGAGAUCACCUGGGAGACAACAGGACAGACCUUCCUCUUACACUUUACCUGUGUGCGGGGACCCAAGCGGAGAGCGCCCAGAGCAACAGACUGAUGAUGCUUCGGAUGCACAAUUUACACGGGACCAAGUCCCCACCCUCAGAGGGUAGUGAUGAGGAGGAGGAGGAGGAAGAUGAAGAGGAUGAAGAAGAGCGGAAGCCUCAGCUGGAGCUGGCCAUGGUCCCCCACUAUGGUGGCAUCAACCGGGUUCGGGUGUCCUGGCUGGGCGAGGAGCCUGUUGUGGCUGUGUGGUCGGAGAAAGGCCAGGUGGAGGUGUUCACAUUGCGGAGGCUCCUGCAGGUGGUGGACGACCCCCAGGCCCUGGCCAUCUUCCUCCGGGAUGAGCAGGCCCGAGUGAAGCCCAUCUUCACCUUUGCUGGCCACAUGGGUGAGGGCUUUGCCCUUGACUGGUCCCCUCGGGUGCCAGGCCGCCUGCUGACCGGUGACUGCCAGAAGAACAUCCAUCUCUGGACGCCUACCGACGGUGGCUCAUGGCAUGUGGACCAGCGGCCAUUUGUGGGCCACACACGCUCUGUGGAGGACCUGCAGUGGUCCCCAACUGAGGACACGGUAUUCGCCUCUUGCUCAGCUGACGCCUCCAUUCGCAUAUGGGACAUCCGGGCGGCCCCUGGUAAGGCCUGCAUGCUUACCACGGCCACCGCCCACCAUGGGGACGUCAAUGUCAUCAGCUGGAGCCGCCAGGAGCCCUUCCUGCUCAGUGGUGGGGAUGAUGGGGUCCUCAAGGUCUGGGACCUGCGACAGUUCAAGUCUGGCUCCCCUGCGGCCACCUUCAAGCAACACGUGGCGCCCGUGACCUCCGUCGAGUGGCACCCACAGGACAGCGGGGUCUUUGCAGCCUCGGGUGCAGACAACCAGAUCACGCAGUGGGACCUGGCUGUGGAGCGGGACCCCGAGGCAGGCAAGCUGGAGGCCGACCCAGGGCUGGCAGAGCUGCCCCAGCAGCUGCUGUUUGUCCACCAGGGCGAGACAGACCUGAAGGAGCUGCACUGGCACCCGCAGUGCCCCGGCCUCCUGGUCAGCACCGCCCUGUCGGGCUUCACCAUCUUCCGCACCAUCAGCGUCUGAGGCGGACUUGUGCUGUGGAACUGGUGAGGUGCGUUCAGGCCGGUUGACUGGAGCCCCAGAAGGGGCUGAGUUCAGCUGUGAGCAGAAGCCGUGGAUUCUGUGAGCCUUGUGUUCUCUCAGAGGACUUAGUCUGACCCAUGGUCUAUGAACCCACUUGUACCAAAGACCCUCACCUGGCAGAGGACUUCACUGGCCAUUUUAUCUGGUUUUUGUCAGCUUUGGUUCCUGGCUUGACCCUUCAACCUCUGCCUGGGAUCCAGAUUUGGCUGCUGCCUUCCCCAGGGACUCUUGGGGAGUCUGGACCACAUUUCUCGCUCAGGGGGGUCCUCCCACCACCUAAGCUUGGCCAUGAUUUCCCAGUACCCGCGCCCCCCCAUUGGGAAUCAAACUCAGGACCUUUGCUUGCAAGGCAAGUGAGGUGCCACUGAGCUACAUCCCUGGCCCUCCCAGUGCUUUCUUGGAGCAGAAAGCCAGGGCUCCUGACUGGCAAUAAAGGACCAGAACAAGACCUAAA